AUGGGUGAUUGCACGGUUCCGCUAGCGAGGGGUUGCAUGAAGGACGAAUGUAAUACCCGGGGUAAUCUGGCCGUAGCUGCACAAACGAGUGUAUCGGCGCCUGAACAAGCCGGGGAGGGCUGGCCGCUGCUGCAGUCAGAGUCGUACAAGCGCGCGUGCCGGGUCGAGUUGGCUGACAGCCGUGCGAUUGCUCUUCAGGAUAAUCAUGCUACUAGGUCAACGGACUCCGUUGAGAUUACAAUCGACGGUCCAGAGAGCAGCAUCAGCGAGACGACAUAUGGCAAGGAGAGCAGCAGCAGCACUGGGUGGGGCAUGGGCUUUAUUGCAGGAGAUGCCAGCACUACCACCACUACGGGCAACACGAGGGCUGAAUGUGACGACAACGAGGUAAACAGUCCUCUUCCACCUGGUCCGUCGCAGCGCGAUAGAGUUGCUAUUCAGGUGCGUGAUGGCGAAACGAAGGCUUCGUUAUCAACCGCCUCGUUUCCCGUCGUCGAGCACCCUGUUUCAAGUCCUAGUGGUCUGCCGGUCACACUACCACCCUCAGCGGCUGACGUCAUCCUGGACGAGUCGUCGCCGUCGCUACGCGACAUCGAUCGCCAUCCACUGUCGCCCCCUCCGUGCAGCGCUUGCACGUGCAUCGGAGGAUUUUCCAGGGGAAAUGUUACAGGAGUCGCCGGUAGCAGCCAGGAAUGUGAAACCCCGGCGGAAGAUGAACGGCUGGAAAGCGCAGGCAAUCCAUUGUUCGAAACGGAAACGGCUUUAGCGGGGGAGUCGAGUCCUGGAGCGGGCACGGCGGAGGGUGGCCACGGUCUAAUGCGCGCGUGCGGACUGAUAAGGGGAGGCGUGGGUUCCACUCAGCAGGGCAAUUCCGCGUCUCAAGGCCCGAGGGGGAGAGGCGGUAGGAGUAGGCGGAGGGCAGAUGUGGCAAGAGAAGCAGAGGAGAGUGUGAUGGAAGGUGAAAGCGGCGAAGCGGAAGCGGAAGGUCCCGAAAGCCGUCGUCCACUGUCCGUGGUGAUUCACGGUCCCGGCGCGUCGUUCUUUGUGGGCACGGAGCUAAUCGCCGCUGGCGGGCGCGCGCGCGCAGAGGGUGCGAGGGGAAGCGCGGGGGCACAGGGCGACCGCGGGGCUCCUGGGGGAUCAAGGCGGGGAGCUGAGAGCGCGCAGGUGGAUGGUGCAGACAGCGGAGACGAUAUUCACAGUAUCGGGCGACAGCACCUGCGAGGGACCAGAGGGUUGCCUCGUGGUGGCGCGGGCACGUCAGCAGCAAGGAGUGGGGAUACUUCUGAGUCUGGCGAUGCUGAUGGCCACAGUGACUAUGACGAACGUGAUUUAGAGGAUAGAGAAAGGUGCUGGGCGCCUUAUGACGAGUAUGACGAAAACGAGGGGUAUUGCAUGGAAUGCCAGAGGGGCGGUGAUGGGGAGCGAGGAGAGGCGGGGGAGCAGGAGCACGACAGACAGCACGGGUGCGGAAAUGGGAGUGUGGGGGGGGAUGGGGAAAGGGAUGAGCAGGAAGACGGGGGGGAGAGCGACAGCAGCACUGUGAGCUGCAGCAGCGGGUACAGCCAGAGCAGUGCGGGGGAGAGCAAGGCGAGUGCAGACAACGAGGGCGAUGGUGCAGAGGCAGCGCUGCUGGACUUCCAAUUCGCGCCGCUGAGGGAGGCAUCAGGGCAGGCGGAGGGCGAGAUGUGGGUGGAGGCGGUGCACGUGGUGCUGCCCCCUCCGCCCGCGAGUGCGCGGGGCGGGUGGGAGGGGGUGGACGUGGCGGGCAUGGAGGCGAUAUUCGACCCGCGCUGUGUGAAGUGGUUCCAGCGCGUGAAGCGCCUGUUCAUCGCGCUGCUGCUGCUCGGCUCCAUCUUCUACAUCGUCUCCUUCAUCGCGGGCGUGAUGGCGAACCGGGGCAAGAGUGUGGAGGUGGUGCCGGUGGACGCGGGUGUGGCGGGGCAGGGGCAGGCGGCUGCGCAGGGGAGCACGGGGCUGGACACCAACUUUGACUAUGUGUCGCACGCCAUGCUCACCUCCUCCAACAUCUGGGUCGCCAUGGCCUACCUCGUGCUGUACCUCUCACUGGACAUGAUUGGCUUCGCAGGAGCCAUCCUCGAGAACGUGAGUCUUUUGACGCUGUACAUAGUGGUGGAGCUGAUCAUCACCUUCAUCUCGGCCCUUGAGGCGCUGCGCCCCUUCCUGCUCUUCCGCCUGCUCGUCAUCCUGCUCGCCCUGCGCCUGCGCUACUGCGCCCUCAAGAAGCAGGACUGUGAGUCACAAGAGGUGGUGCAGCAGCGGCAGGAGGAGGAGGAUGCAGCAGUGGCAACGAAGGGUUCACCCAGCCAGCCAGCUGUUGACAGCACUUGCACUCCCUGCCUGCAUCUUGCUGCUUGCAGUGCUCCUGUGCUGCUACUGCCAACUGCAGCAGCAGGCACUGGUGCAGGUGCAGGAGCAGCAGGAGCAGCAGCAGCAGGAGCAGCAGCAGGAGCAGGAGCAGGAGCAGGAGCAGGAGCAGGAGCAGGAGCAGGGGAGGCGGUGGAAGCAGGCGAGACUCCCCUGGGCAGCCCAGGCGCGUCCGACCACUUGAGCAUCGACAUCACUGACACGCCUCUCAGUGCUCCCACCGCGGCUCAGCCAGAGCGAGCAGCAGAAGCAGCGGAGGAGGAAGGGGAGAGUGACGCUGCCCUGGCAGCACAGCUGCUGCUGCCGCCCCCAUUCCCCCUUGUGCCGCAUCUCCCCGUCCCCCGCACACCCUCCUCCCUCCCCCCCUCUCGCUCCGUCUCCCUCACCCAUCAACAGCAAUCCGCAGAUGCAGACCUGCCUGUCUCUCCCUCUGCCGCGCUCCCUCCUGCUACCUCCUUCACCCUCCUCUCCUCACCCCUUCCAUCUCUCCCCUCCGCUUCCACUUAA